AUGGGAUUAGACCCCGAGAUGCAAGCUGAUGACUCCCAUUUGCAAGCAUUAUCCACCCACUGGCAGGAGGUCGCCGACGCCGUCACCGCCCACUGCCCCAACGCCUCCCCCGCCGCCAAAACCGCCGUCCAGUGCCGCCACAAGAUGGAGAAACUCCGCAAACGCUACCGCACCGAGGUCCAGCGCCUCCGCAACCUCCCCCUCCCCCGCUUCAACGCCGCCACCGCCUCCCCCUCCUCCUGGGUCCACUUCAAAUCCAUGGACUCCAUGGAGAAAGGCCCCUCCAAACCCGACACCAACACCAACACCAACACCAACACCAACACCAACAACAGCAACAACAACAACCUCGUCUUCCUCGACAACGACAACGAUGGCGGCAAUGACGACGACGACGACGAUCUGUACGAGGAAUUCAAGAACGCGGCGGGAUCCAACACCAACACGCGGAGCCUCAACAAGCUCUACAAAAACGGCCCCGUUUCGGGCCCCGGCUUCCGGAUCCGGAUCCCCGCCGGGGUGAGCGGCGGCGCGUCCUCCAAAUUCUUCAACGCGGCGCGUGGCGGGAGCGGAAACGGAAACGGAAACGGAAACGGCCCCAGGGUGGCGAAGAGGGAGAGGGAGGACGUGGUGGCGGAGAUGGUGGGCGCGAUCAGGGUCCUCCGCGACGGGUUCGUUCGGAUGGAGCAGAUGAAGAUGGAGAUGGCUAGGGAGAUCGAAAGCAUGCGGAUGGAGAUGGAGAUGAAGCGCACCGAGAUGAUCCUGGACUCGCAGCAGAGGAUCGUGGAGGCUUUCGCUAGAGCCGUUUCCCACAAGAGGAGUAAGCCCAAAUCCACGCCUUCCCCUUCCCACCACUAGCAUUUACCCAUUUACCCAUUUACCUUCCUUCCUAUUGCCUAUUGCCUAUUGCCUAUUGCCUAUUGCCUAUUGCCUAUUGCUAUACUCUUCUUUUCUUUUUCCCAACUCUUUCCUUGUGUUCCAUACUCGAACUUCUUCUCUGUAGCAUUGUAGACUUGUAAUUUUCCUCCAUUGUUUCUUACUCACUUUUAAUUCAUCUCAUUUCCUUUUUAUAGCUUUUUAUUCACAUUUACUAAUCCAUUAUUAUAUUAUUCUUAAUUAUAGGAUGAAAUGUUAGAAUAAGACUGAAUUUAGUAA